GCUUUCUAUUUGUAAAAAAAAAUUCGCUUUUGGAACAAAAAUCCCGUUCACAUUUUGGUUACUUCCUAGAUAACAUUUAAUUUUAGCGUCUAGCCUCCAACCUACAUGCGACCGGGAUGGGUUGACGGCACAAAUUGUACAUAAGCAAAUCGGAAUUACAUACUUGGAUUACAUGUGAUUAUUUACAAAAUCACUACUUCUUCCGUAUCCGCCUCUUGUUCAAGAUAUUUCCCCGCAUUAUGUUUUUUUCAUAUAACGCUCAACUUUUUCUCCCAAGUAGUUCAUCAUAAAUGCUUGCACUAAGAUCUUUGAUGAGUCCUUUUCGAAACUCGUUUAGAUCAAAUCCUGGAGAAAUAGAUGUCUUACAUAAAUUUUCACCUACAUCACAUUCAUUGAAGUCUUGCUUAUUCAUUAUGAUGAAGUCACGACCGGCAAUUUCUUAUUCGCGUAAUAUUUCAAAAUGUUUUCCUUCAACAAUAAGACAUCUUGUUUCGUAAAAAGUCAAUUAACUCUCCGAUGUCUUCCCUUUCAACUUCCUCUUCAGUAAAAGACUGCGACGUGUGUUGUUCGUUACUGCCAUGAUCAAUUGUUUCCUGAUUUUCGUCUUUAACUUCACCAACGUUUCAUAAUUCAUCGUCUGGAGAAUGAAAUUUAUCGGACUUCCGCUUCAAUUCAGAUCUUUAUAUACAAUUAAAAUCAAAGGCAUUUCAUACCUUAUUAACUCGAU